GGGCCAAAAUAGCAACAGGCGAGGCGGGAAAUGCAGGAUGGACGAUGGAUAGCUAGAUAAAGCACUUUUCAUCCAGAAUGCAGAUCUGCAGAUGUUUGCACUGAAGACAAUCAAACUGUCCGAUUCCUCCGAGGAAUGUAACAACAGAAAUGUCACUGCAUGUUCAAACUGAAUGUUCCAUAUUGAGGAGCGUGCCUCAGCAGAGUAUACCAGCUCUGUGGGCUGCUGCUGCGGCGGCUGGAUCCUCGCGUUAUCUCCGGGGUUCUUCCAGACUUCUGCUGCUGCUGGACUUCUUCCUUUGAUGACACAGCUUUCGCCACAGAAACAUCUGAGAAGAACCAACAAUGGAUGAAGGUCCAGUAGCUGCGCUGCCUGUUCAGCAGCGGCAGUCGAACAGGCUUGUUUACCCCCAGGCUGUGGGUGUCUCUCCGGAUGGCCUGCAAGGUCAAGUUCCCUUCCAGACUCAACGCUCUGGCAGCCGUGAAAGAACCACGUCUGAACGCGAUCCUUUGUUGAACUGCGCUCCUGCUCUUGUGGCUGGUCGUGGCCAAAUUUGUGAUGAGCAAAAGAUGGAUAUCAGCUCCUCUUGUGAGUCAGUCAAGCGGCGAAAUGGACACUGUGGAGACACUGUGGUGUCUCCUGUGGAGGCACAUUGUGGAGUCACAUUACCUCGACAGCAAGAAAAAGGAACCACCAUGUCCUCCCGUCCUGAUAAGUCAGUUUCUACCUUCUCACCAGUUGUGGGUAAAAGUGCACGCAAGCAUCUGCCAACAUCAGAAGACUCUUCACUGGAUGUCCUCAGAAUAGUCAAGCACCAGCCGAGCGUCAUUGUGUUCUGUGACUAUGACGACCAGCUGUUCCUGUCCAAUGGGAGCUCCGACAGUGGCGAGGCCUCCUCGUCCAGCGCCGGCGAGGGUGACAGAGACGAGGAUGACGACUUUCCUGAGACGUUACAAUAUAAGGAAUUCCUGGUCAGUCGUCGCCGUAGAAACUUGAGUAGGAACAGGAAGUGCUUGAGGAAGAGACAGGAUGCCCAGCCUAGCGGAUCUGCAUCUGACCGGCAGACGCACAGCAGCCAGAGCAGAGAGGAGUUCACUGCAGGUGGCGAGGAGGACGAGAAGAGCAAUGGAAAGCAGGUUGCCGUGUGUGACUCCAUGACCAUGCUCAUGAGCAAGUUGGAUCAUCUCAGUGACGGGAGGCGAGACGACGUGACUGAUGCUGAGCCGGGGGAGCAGCAGAGCAACAUGGUCGCUCCCGCCGUGGGCAGGAUAGCGAGCCGAGUCCUCCCGAGUCAGGAUCAGGGAACCAGCCGAGCUCCGGACAAACACGAGCCACUGACCCGGCGGCGCUCGCGACCUUUGACGCGCAGCAGGCCGCUCACUCGCUCGUCCCUCUCGUCCCCGACUCAUCUGCACGCUCGGCGGGUCAGGGCUGCUGGGAGGAUCACAAGUGCAUCAGCAGAGAUUGAGGCUAAGGAGGCUUGUGAUUGGCUUAGAGCGGCGGGAUUUCCACAGUAUGCCCAGCUUUAUGAAGAUUCCCAGUUUCCAAUUGACAUUUCUUCAGUGAAAAGGGACCAUGACUUCUUGGACCGGGAUCUGGUGGAGCCCUUAUGCCGGCGCCUAAAUACGUUGAACAAGUGUGCUUCUAUGAAGCUGGACGUCAGCCACCCCAGGAAGAAAGGCGAUGACUCUGAUGAAGAUGACCCGCUGGCCAUCAGCAAGCGGUGGACGUUUGAGUGGAGCAGCCGACGCUGGUCUCGUCUGCAGGACUUCCUGUUGGACAGCACCUGCGAGAGCAGCCCGACGGGUCAGGGGGAGGGGCUACGCAGCACAGUGAGCAGCGAGAGCGUGCUGACCGACCUCAGCGAGCAGGAGAACGCGGAAAUCUCCUCGCUACACAGCGAGGACUCCACCUCGGCCAUGCCCGACUCCAUAUCCAUGGCAUCCCUGUCUGCUUCCUAUCAACCGCCCCGGGAUCUUCCGCACUACAACUCCCUGCCAAUCAAAAGCAGCCGCCAGGGGCAGGGAGGGCGGAGCAAAGCCAAAGACUUUCUACGUCGUAUGGAAGUCAUGCGCACUUGGGGGCCGUCGACAAGGCGGAAGAGUUCAAGUCGCAGGCCGCCGUUGGUCAUCAGUGAGCCCGUGUUACAGGGGGAGGAGCCUCAGGCACUACAGGUGCUGCAGUGUACGCCAAUCAACCAGUUAGAACUCAGCCCUAAACAGAACCACCAGACGGAUGGCGACACGUCCGCUCUCACCAUUGCCGGUGAUUGUAAAGACCAGUUCACAGAGAGUGUGAGUCCCAGCGGUGAGGUCGUGGUACCCGAUAAGAUGGAGGCGGGGCCUAUGAAACCGCGCACUGCCAGCAAGAGAAGCAGCAUGUAUCUGGAGGACAUGGAGCUGCCGUCACAGGGUAAGAGGACUGACGGGCAGAGCCAGUUUGGCAGGAACCAGUUUCACUCGUAUGACAACCUCCUCAUUCACAUCCCGAAAGACCACAAACCAGGCACCUUUCCAAAAGCUCUGUCCAUAGAGAGCCUGGUGCCGUCCCCUGGUGAUAGUAACAAUGGCAAUCAGACUCAAGCCCACUCGUUUCCACCCAACAACAACGGCCUGGGUGAGCCGUGGUCUGAUCAACCUCUGUCCAAGCCUCCCUGUCCCGGUGCGCCGCGGGGCAGCAGGGUGAGCGUGUACGACAACGUGCCGGGCUCACACCUGUACGCCAGCACCGGGGACCUGCUGGACCUGGAGAAAGAAGACAAUCUGUUCCCUCACCUGGAUGACAUCAUACAGCAUGUGAGCGGUUUGCAGCAGAUAGUGGACCACUGGAGCCGCAGUGUUCUGCCAGAGGGCGAGAUGACGGCGGAAGGGGGGGAGGAGGAAGGGGAGGGCCGGACCACUCCCAGCGAAGGGGAGAGAGACGGCGUCUCCUUAAAUGACACUGAUUCAACAGGGACCAGUCGGGAGAGGCGGGAUUCUGGGGUUGGGGCCUCGCUGACAAGACCACGUCUACGAUGGCCCAGUUUCAGAACCUCUGAUCAUCUCAACCAGCCGGCGUCUUCGCUGCAGAUCAGCAGCCAGUCGGCAGGACAGCUCAGCCUGCUGCAGAAGUUCUCUUUGCUGCGUCUCACCGCCAUCAUGGAGAAAUACUCCAUGUCUAACAAGCACGGCUGGACAUGGUCUGUGCCCAAGUUUAUGAAGCGCAUCAAGGUGCCGGACUACAAAGAGAAGAGUGUGUUCGGUGUUCCCCUCAUCGUGCACGUCCAGCGAUGUGGUUUUCCGCUCCCUGUGUGUUUACAGCAGGCCUUCAGCCACCUCAGAGCACACUGUCUGGACCAGGUCGGACUGUUCCGCAAAUCCGGCGUGAAGUCUCGCAUCCAGGCUCUGAGGCAGCAGUGCGAGCUCUCCCCCGACGCCGUCAGCUACGAGGAUCAGUCGGCCUACGACGUGGCCGACAUGGUCAAACAGUUCUUCAGAGACUUGCCCGAGCCUCUGCUAACGAGCAAGCUCGGGGAGACCUUCCUGCAUAUUUACCAGUACGUCCCAAAGGAGCAGAGGCUGCAGGCCGUCAGAGCGGCCAUACUGCUGAUGCCGGACGAGAACAGGGAGGUUCUGCAGAUGUUGCUCUACUUCCUGUGCGACGUCACGUCUCUGGUGGAGGAGAACCAGAUGACCCCGAUGAACCUGGCUGUGUGUCUGGGACCUUCGCUCUUCCACCUCAGCAUACUAAAGAACGAUGCGCUGUCGCCAAGGUCAAUCCAGAGGAAGUACACGACAGGGCGCCCGGACCAGAAAGACCUGAACGAGAACCUGGCUGCAACUCAGGGUCUGGCGCAUAUGAUCACCGAGUGCCAGCAUCUGUUUCAGAUCCCAGAGGAGAUGGUGACGCAAUCCCGCAACUCCUACAUGGAGGCUGAGCUGAUGGUGCCCCCGCUGGACGAGCUGUGCAAGUCUCACGAGGAGGAAGUGGACGAGUGUGAGGAGGAGGAGGAUGAGGAAGGGUCCUACCACGCUCACAUAGAACGCUUGGUGCAGAAGCUGCUGAAAGAAGCCAAAGACAAGAGCAAAGGCUGGGUGUCUCGCUCCACUACUGACAACACGGAGCUGGCAUUUAAAAAGGUGGGAGACGGUAACCCUCUCAGGCAGUGGCGAGUGUGCGCAGAGGUGCCCGCGGCGCCCAGUGAGGUGCUGCAGCGGCUGCUGAAAGAGCGCCCCCUGUGGCAGACCGGCCAAGACAAGGAGAAGGUUCUCGAGAUACUGGACAAGCAGACCGACGUGUACCAGUACUCCUGCCGCAACAUGGCACCUCAACCCGACUGUGACUAUGUGGUACUAAGAUCCUGGCGCACAGACCUGUGCAGAGGCUGUUGCGCGCUGGUGUGCGUGUCCGUGGAACACGACGACAGCCCGCGCAUGGGCGCCGUGAGGGGGGUCGUGCUGGAGUCGCAGUACCUCCUCGAGCCCUGCGGGACGGAGAGGACCAAGCUCACGCAUGUCUCCAGAGUGGACCUUAGGGGGAAAUCUCCAGAAUGGUACAACAAGGCGUAUGGUCACCUGUGUGUGAACGAAGCCCAGAGCAUCCGCUCCUCUUUUCAGCCGCUGGAUCACACUGAGCACUGAGGCCAAGGUGUGAACCCCAGGAAACCCAGAACUUAAAGAGCGAGUGAUCCAGGAGGGGG